AUGGGGAAAAUCUCCAGAAAGGCGGUCCCGGCUAAGGCCACCACCUUCCCGUCAACAACAACCACAGCAGCAGCCGCGACACCACCAUAUUACCACCAACUGUCGUCGACCGCGCUGAACUACUGGGAGGAGGACCGGUCCAACAACAGACUCCAUGCGCCGCCGCCCAUGAGCAGCGCGCCCGCCGCAGAGAGCUACCAGCUCGAGUCCCUGCACUCCGCCGAGGUCGACGCCGGCAAGCCGCCCUCGCCGUCGCCGUCCGCCGCGUCCAUCGACCCGUCACAGGUGCGCUGGCUCGAGAACCAGCGCAGCCGCGGGUGGGAGGUGUGCAAGAUUGUGUUUAGGGCCUGUGGCACGCUCUUCAGCGCCAUCGUGCUGGGUAUUUGUCUGGCGUGGUACUCGUACAGGCCGAAUCUCGCCUUGAAUAUCUGGCCUGGGCUUCUGUUGGUCGGGGCUGUGUCAUCCUUCUUCUGGGACCUGGCCGAGUUCCUGACACUCUGCGCCCGCUACGGCCGCGGCAUCACGCCCAAAGCCCUCAUCGGCCUCGAGCUCGUCCUCUCCGUCGUCUCUGCCGUGGCGGCGGGAUGGGUCGGGUUGCAGCUUAGCUGGAUGGAUGGCGACCCGGCGAACAACCCGGCCAGCCUCGCCCUCAGCGCCUGCACCCUGACGGGCAUCAACGCCUUCAUCCGCUUCUGCCUCUUCAUCCGCGCCUGCGUGGAACGCAGCCGCGAGAUCCGCCGCCGCAGACCGCGCGUCAUGUACAUCCCCGAAACAGGCCAGACAGUCUACGUCGUCGCGAAGCCCUUCCCCAAGCUGCCGACCUGGCAGUCCCAGAACUCCGCCAGAGCGCCGUCCUUCCCGCGCUCGCCGCAGCCGUCGAGCCCUCUUGGAGCUACCGAGCCUGUUGCCGCAUUCCCCGAUUUCACCGAGUCGCCGCGCCCGGAGACGCCACCGCCGCCACUGCCCGAACGCCCGGGACACCUCCCCUCCGCCAUCAAACGCAAGCCCGUCCGCGGGCUGCCGCUGAGGACGACGCCGGGCGACCGCGAUCGACACCUGCGGCCGAGCAUGAGGCCGCCGCCGGACGAUUAUGUGCCGGACGAGGCGGAGCUGGAGAGGAUGCGAAGGGGGGAUGCGCAGCCGCAGCUUAUUCUGCCUGGGGACGUGGACUUGAAGUUUGCGACGGGGGCGAACGGGAUGACGCCUGCUGCUGGGGACACGCGGGAGGGCAAGUUUCGGUUGAACAAGAACUUGGUUUUGGGCGAGAGUUCGCGGAGUGGUGGUGCCAGGACGAGGUCGAUGUGA